CACGUGUGUUGUAAAAUUUGUAGAAUCAGAAGGUUUGCAAAGUCAAAUAGCACAACAAAAGAAAGCUUUGGAAGAGAAAUUCAAUGAAGAGAACGAUGAGACUUGUGAGACUAAUUUUUCUACAAAUGUAAAUUCGAAAAAAUAUAAUGUAGAAAAAAUGGAUUGUGACUCUGAAGAAGCAAAUGCGUAUAAACAUCACUUCAUACCGGGACCAUCUUUCAAUUCGAUGACUGAUAUAAUGCCACCUGCACCUCCUUUACCACCACAAUUAAUGGCCAAAUUACCAGAUAAUGAUACAGACGCACUUUCAAGUAUGUUGAUGUCAUGGUAUAUUAGUGGUUACAUGGUAUAUUACACAGGUUAUUACCAUGGUUUGAAACAAGCAAGAAACAAUCAAGAGAACAGGAAGAACUGUUGAUUAUAUCAAUUUUUUCAAUAACAAUAUAACAAUAAUAUAAGAUAUAAUAAAAUAUAAAACUCAUUGUAUUUAUUUACUUCAAUUAUUUGAAAUAAAGAACAGCUUUAUUUUCAUAUAA